GGUGGUCGGACUGUCAGCCUCGCCUCCUCUUCUUUGAUUUCCAGUGACUUAUUUUCGAAAGAUUGCUGGAGGGAAAGGCUCAAUGUCUCUUUUGGGAUUUUCCUGAGCAGAAAGACCUCAUCCUAACAAAACUGAGGCGCCAAUCCUACUGGCUGGCAACUUUCGGCAGGGAGGGUGAUUCUAUUUGAAGAUUAAUCCUAACUCUGGGACCCCUUGGGAAUGUCCAGGAGCUAGGAACACGGCGCCGCGGUCUCUCCAGCCUCUGGUCCCGGGAGCAGCAGGGCGCCGGUGGAGCAGGUGCCUCUGGGGCCGCACGGAAACCCAGCCAGGCCAGUUUCUCCACUGCGCCGGUAGGCGGCGGAGACGCUGCGCGUGCGCGCUGGGCAGACGGUAGCUCGGAGUCGACGUUCCCAGACUCCUCCGGUCUCCCCGCGCAGCAUGAAGACCGCCGAGAAAACCAGAGGAGCCGGCAGCGACGGGCCGCGCAAACGAGGCCUCUGCGUCCUCUGCGGCCUCCCCGCGGCAGGAAAAUCGACUUUCGCGCGCGCCCUCGCCCACCGGCUGCGGCAGGAGCAGGGUUGGGCCGUCGGUGUCGUCGCGUAUGAUGACGUCAUACCCGACGCGUUUCUCGCCGGGGCAAGAGCGCGACCGGCGCCAUCCCAGUGGAAAUUGUUUCGACAGGAACUGUUGAAGUACCUGGAAUACUUCUUGAUGGCUGUAAUUAAUGGGUGUCAGAUGUCUGUCCCACCCAACAGGACUGAAGCCAUGUGGGAAGAUUUUAUAACCUGCUUAAAGGAUCAAGAUCUGAUAUUUUCUGCAGCAUUUGAGGCCCAGCCUUGCUACCUCUUAACAAAAACUGCUGUUUCUAGACCUUUGUUUUUGGUUUUGGAUGACAAUUUUUAUUAUCAGAGUAUGAGAUAUGAAGUCUACCAGCUGGCUCGGAAAUAUUCGUUGGGCUUUUGCCAGCUCUUUUUAGAUUGUCCUCUUGAGACCUGUUUACAGAGGAAUGGCCAGAGGCCACAGGCACUGCCUCCUGAGACCAUCCACCUGAUGGGAAGAAAGCUAGAAAAGCCCAACCCUGAGAAAAAUGCUUGGGAACACAACAGCCUCACAAUUCCGAGUCCAGCAUGUGCUUCGGAGGCCAGCCUGGAGGUGACUGAUUUAUUGCUCACUGCUUUGGAAAAUCCAGUAAAAGAUGCUGAGGACAAUAUGGAACAAAAGGACACAGACAGAAUUAUUUGUUCAACUAACAUUCUUCAUAAAACUGAUCAGACACUCCGAAGGAUUGUAUCUCAGACAAUGAAGGAAGCAAAAGGUAAUCAGGAAGGCUUCUCAGAGAUGACAUUUAAGCAAAGAUGGAUAAGAGCGAACCAUGCAGCUAUCUGGAGGAUCAUUCUAGGCAAUGAACACAUCAAGUGCAGAAGCCCAGAGGUUGGUUGGAGUGUUGCAGAAUCAAGAAGAGGCCACUGAGCAUGGGGUGAGAUGAACAAGUGCUUCCUCACAACUUGAAGCGUCUAGCAGAAGAACUUAACCAGCUCAAAGCAGAGUUUUUGGAAGACCUAAAACAAGGAAACAAAAAAUAUCUGUGCUUUCAGCAAACCAUUGACAUAUCAGAUGUCAUUUCUUUUUUUCAUUAUGAGAAAGAUAAUAUUGUACGGAAGUAUUUUUCAAAGCAGCAUUAAAAUUUCUGAAUUG